UGGGGUGCGUGUAUGAUGACGCAGGUGCAUGAAUGAUUUGGAGGUUUUUGAUUAGCUCAGAGGCUUGGAAUGCUGAAUUUUUUUCACAACUUUUCCUAUAAUAGACUUUAACAAACUCACAGUCUGUCUCUAACGUUACCAAGAAUUUACUUGGACUAGGAGGUAAGGAGUGAUAAUUCACAUGAUAUGGAAAUUAUUGCUAUUUUAGCGGCAAAAGAAUGGACGACGGCUCAUGUGGUCAUUCCAAUUAUGACUAUCUGGCAGAGGUAGGAGAGGGCGCCUAUGGUAAAGUGUAUAAAGCCAGGGAGAUCGCCGGAAAACAGCGUCUUGUUGCGGUGAAAAAGCUCAAUUUACCUGGGGAUCCUGAGAGUGGAAUACCGGCCUUCAUGGUUCGCGAAGUGGCGCUAUUGCGCAAAAUCGAAUACUUCAACCACCCAAACAUUGUAAAGCUUUUCGAUGUGUCAGCAUGUGUUAGGAACCAGUCAUUGGACCUGACACUUGUGUUUGAGUAUAUUGAUCAAGAUUUAACAUCAUAUAUCAGCUGUACUAAAAAUGAAUUGAGCCGAGAAAACAUUAAGGAUGUGAUGCGACAGCUGCUCAAGGGCCUGGACUUCUUGCACUCUAAUAUGUUGGUGCAUAGAGAUCUGAAGCCUGACAACAUAUUAGUCAGCAGUCGUGGGGAGGUGAAGAUUGCUGAUUUUGGCUUGGCAAGGAUCUACACCUAUCACAUUGCCCUCACCCCUUGUGUGGUGACUCUGUGGUACCGGGCUCCAGAAGUUCUGCUCCACUCGGGCUACAUGUCCUCAGUGGAUGUUUGGAGUGCUGGCUGCAUCUUUGCAGAACUCUUCCUCUUGAGGCCUUUGUUUCGAGGGUUUACUGAAGCUCAGCAAUUGAAGAAGAUCUUUGAGGUGAUUGGUUUGCCUAGUGAAGAAGACUGGCCCAAGGAAAGCCCGAUCCGCUAUUCCUCCACCUGGGGUCCCGCCGGCAUGGCACGACCUGGCACCCAGCUCCUUCCCAGCCUUGGCAUGCAGGAGAACAACCUGCUUUUUGAAUGUUUGACCUUCAAGCCGUCCAAUCGCAUCUCUGCUUGUCGAGCCUUAACCCACCCCUUCCUGGCAGAGUUCUAACACCGGCAGACAGGAAGUAGAGAGAGGAGGCCUCGGCUCCUGCUCCCAGCCUCACCUUAGUCUGCUUAGGGUUUUUCUGCUGUGAGAUGAUUAUCAUUUGUACCUCUCACGUUCAGACUUGAAAAUCAGUUUAGUUGAUACACACACAUCGGGCAUCACACGUUUUCCCUUUUUAAACAUAUUAUUGUUGAUCACAGUUCAUGUGGAAUACGACAUCAUGCACAAAAUGAACUAAUGAGUUCAUAAUUGACAUUGCUUAUUCAUUUAUCACGCUGAUGCAAUUCAGGGGAAGUAUUGAAGGAUCUGGAACAUCUUUGGCCAUGCAAUCCCACACUGUUCCAGAAAGUAAAUGCUCAUCUCACGUCACAGAAACCCUUAGCAGAGAAGAGAAAUGUUUUAUCAACAGCAACAGGUAUUGGAACAAAGACAUUUGGUCAGUAAGGUAAAUUAAAAUGGAUUUUUUUUUUUUUUUGGUUUGUUUGUUUUUGCAAAAGAACAAUCACUUAAUUGCAGUUGUUUGAACACAAGCCAUUUUACCCUUUAUUUUUGAAUACUUUAUAUUUGAAAGUUACAAAAUUACAGAAAAAUGAUUGAAUCGGGGCGAACACACCCCAGCUACAGUACCAACAUCUUUGAAUGUGUCAUGCCCCCUUAAUAGAUUGCAUAGUUAAUUGAUUUCAUUUCCAAUGCCUGUGCAAUAUGAGCACACUGCAACAGUUUUUGCAGGGUGCUGCCAGACCCCUCUUUGUAACCUUAAUACAUAACAUCAGAAGGAAAAAAAUAAAAUAACGAUUAACAUUUCAAGAGGCGUUUUAUUACCAGCUACACUUAUGCGCUUUAACUUAUUUAUAUUGCAGAGGGAUGUGACCGUCAAUUACAUUGCUCAAUUUAUGCAAGUAAAAUCUAUUGUUGACAAUGAAUUUUCAUGUUCCAUGUGGCCAGCAUUUGUUAUUUAAUUUUCCUCUGUUGCCCUGUUUGUAUAAUCUGGCUUUUUUUUUAUUAUUAUUAAUUUCUUUUUUUCUUUUUGUAGGUAACACAUAUUAGUAACCAAAUAGUUUUGCUUUGUUAUAUGUCACUAAUUGGCUUAUAAGUACGAGAUCAUCUUCCAUGAUAAAAUUCUCUGUUAUCAGAACCAUAGAGGCAAUUUAUAAUUUCCCUUUUUACAGUGUGUUUUUUUCCCUUUAGCAAAACAUAAUGACAGGCAACGAGUUAACCAGUUACACUGUCAUUUAUGAAUUGUGACUGUAGCCCUUGUUUACAGUUUGUGGGCUGGGUUUGAUGUCACUCGCAGUCAGAUCAAAUUUGCUGAAAGGUUAUGUCUUAUGAAA